AUGGCGUCUCGUACGAAGAUAAUAUGCUAUAUUUUGCUGGGCCUCAUAUUUGUAUGUACCCUCAUUGACGGCGCGGUGGGGGAAGAGAAGUAUUAUAAUGAUGGUCAUGGUGGUGGUCGGUAUGGUGGUGGAGGACAUGGUGGUGGAGGCCACGGUGGGUAUGGCGGUGGAGGACAUGGUGGUGGAGGGCAAGAUGGGUAUGGUGGUGGUGGGCAUGGUGGUGGGAGAGGUGGCCACGGUCCUCCUGGCCAUGGACACUAG